CGUUAGCAGCACGCAUUCAGUACCACGGCCUAAGGUUUAGUCUAAUUUAUUUUAAUCUAGCCACAAGCUGGAUUAUUCAGUAGGGUAAAAUUAUUAAUCAAUUCAAACACCGGGAGUACUAGUCCCUGGGUAGGGCUUUGUUAACAAGCGUGCUUACAUGCGCCCGGAGAACAUACAGUUGUCAACAUCAGGAAUUGACAUUCGCCGACUAAUUGGGCAUUCCCGAUGUCGCGUGUACUUGAACGGGAAUCUCACCCAACCCCACCCGCCAUUGUUUAUAAAGCAGUCCGGCAACAACCAGCAGUAUGACCUUUUGCAGCCUACGGGACCGUUUUUAGAAUGGCGUCAGGCGGAUUCAAUUAUAUUUGCAUGUUCGCCAGCUAAAAACGUUCUCAACAACACUCGCAACGGAAAAGCAACUUUUUCAUGCUUCGAAGGACAAGACUUAACUCUAAACGACAAUUUAAAUCGAAUCGCUUUCAAUGAAAUCAGUUGUAGCUCAGCCGUUUCGGGAGCAAUAAAACCUUCGAAUGUGUCCUGUGGCAAUAAAGCAGGUCGGCUGUACAACAUAGGCUUCGAAGUGGAAGGCACAGAAUUCAUCAACUACUUUCAAGUGUGCUACGAUUUAACGAAAUCGUCCGCUCUCUACAGUCAGCAUCAAAUUCUGGGGAAAGUUAUAAGCCAAGCACAAAUCAACAACAACCGACCAUCGUUCAAACUUGGUGGAUUAAAAUCGACCGUGCGCUUAGCUUCCGUUUACACUCAAAGACAUCAGCUAGAGCACUUUUCCACAAUUCUUGGCUCGGCGGAGCAUGCCAGCAAGUUUAUUGAUUCAACCUCGUAUCUGGCCAAGGGUCAUCUGACGCCAGAUGGUGACGCAGUGCUUGAUAGUUGGGCUGGAGCAACUUACUUCUUUAUAAAUGCUGUUCCGGAAUGGCAGGUUGUAAACGGUGGCAACUGGUUGCGUGUAGAGAAUGCAGCACGUAAAGUGGCUACACAGUUGAAUGAUACCGUAGACGUAUACAGCGGUGUGUACGACGUCCUCCAGCUGCCGAACAAGAAAGGUAAUCUGGUUUCGUUGAGUUUGGGCGAUGACGGUGUUGUACCAGUUCCAAAAUGGCUAUGGAAGGUAGUAGUUCAUCGGCCCAGCAAUAAGGGUAUUGUCCUCAUCACACUAAACAAUCCAUUUGCCACCAGCGCAGAAACUUUAUGCGAAGACAUAUGCUCACGGUAUGGCUGGAAUCAGAAAGAAUUUCAGGAUUUACGGAAAGGGUUCACGUACUGUUGCAGUGUAUCCGAAGCUCAGAAAUCAAUCACUCUGAUUUCCAAGUCAAUAAAAUGUAACAGUGUUCUGGCUUUGAGAUAGCAAUAGUGGCAAUGAAUAUCAAUAUCAAUGACACUAUUUCAGGAAAGUUUCUCUUUUGAUGAUGUAAUGAACAUGUCAAACAAUUAUAUUUAAUGUUUAAAAUAAAGAAGUUUAAAAUA